AUGAUCACCGAUCCGGCCAACAACGCCAUCGUCGGUGAUUCAUUUGGAAUCGCGAUUUAUCUGCAAGAAAACUAUCCAGACUGUGUAUCAGGCCAUCUAUUUCCUGAGCAAACACUUGACUUCACCUAUCCCAUUGAGUUGGCAAUGUUAGUGCCGCUAAGCCAGCGGGACGAAAGUGCGUAUAGCGACUACGCGCGCUUCAAUACCCACAUCGAUUCUGCCUUUACACCACAUAUCCCACUCAUGGUGCAAGGGCUUCCGUUUGACCCAGCGAGUGCAGAGUCGAUCGAGGCUGAGUUCGUCCAUCGGUCUGAGUUCGAUAUUCUGGCUAAAUUAACGGCUCAACGGCUCUACUCCUAA